GAGAGCCAGUUUUGGUUAUUGGCACAGUUACAGCUUAGCUUUAUUGCUUUUAUGUUCCUUUAUCUCAGGACUGGCAGCCGCCCUUUGCCUGCGAUGUCAAAAGCUUCUGCUUCACCCCUCGGGUACAGCGCCUCAACGAACUAGAGGCAAUGACCCGUGUCAAACUCGAUUUCUUGGAUCAGCUGGGAAAAUUUUGGGAGCUGCAAGGUUCCGCGCUCAGAAUUCCAGUGGUGGAUGGCAAGCUGUUGGGUGUGUAUGCACUGAGCAAGGUGGUUUCCAGUGAGGGGGGCUUUGAGGUUGUCACUAAAGAGAAGAAAUGGUCUCAGGUGGGCAAUCGGAUGGGAUACCAGCCAGGCAAAGGCACAGGCUCUCUUCUGAAGUUGCACUAUGACCGAAUCCUCUACCCCUACGAGCUGUUCCAGUCUGGCGUCAGCCUGAUGGUAAGAAAUGCACCUAGAAUAUUCUAGAGAGAAACCUUCUGUUUCAGUUUUUAGUAAAGGUACCGGUAUAGGACCUGUUAUCCAGAAUGCUCGGGACCUGGGGCUUUUCAGAUAAGGGUUCUUUCCGUAAUUUGGAUCAU